CACACUUUACCCCAAACCGUCAUGCCGCUCCUCGAUCCUCUCACCACCAGCAUCACGACGCUCACGAGCGCGGCGCUCAUCCCCGAUAUCAUCCCAGAGUUCGUGCCCAAGGCUGCGCUGACUGUGCUCCUGCCGUCCGGCGCGCUCUCCCUCGGCAGCGAGAUCCCGAUUUCCGAGACUGUGGAGCCGCCCAGCAUCGGCAUCGUCGCCGUCCCAGAAGACGCCGAGGUGGGCGCCGAUGGGCUGAUCGAGAGCCACGCGAGGUACACGUUGGCGAUGUUCGACCCGGACGCGCCUAGUGCGGCCUCGCCAACCAGCAGGAACUUCCGGCACUGGGUGAUUACCGGGCUGGUGCCGUCGUCCGAUCCUCUGUCUCCCGCCGAACAAACGGCUGAGGCGGCGAACGCUUACCGGCCGCCUGGGCCGCCGAAGGGCAGUGGGUUGCACCGAUACACCUUCGUCUUGUAUCGCGAACCACCCAGCUUUGCGCUUCCGAAGGACGCGUCGGAGCUCGACCCGAGCAUCGAGGCGCGCCGGCGUUGGGACCCUGUGAAGUUUGGAAACACGAACGGGCUCCAGAUGGUCGCCGCUGCAUUCUACCUCGUGCGGAGUGAGGACUGAAAGGGAGAGAUUCUCGGAUUCGAGCUGUACUACUAGUCAUCGCACCUUCGUGAUGCUACACAUGAUAAUCGCAUACGCUGUGUGCCUCCCUUGGCUGGGAACUUGGGGACGUGGAUAUACCCGCCGUCUUAUUAGCCAAUGGACGAGAGGUGCUUACAGCGUCCGGUUCAUUGAGCACUUCGGUCUGUCCCAGGCUAUUCUGUUCUUGGAUCUGCUAUAAAGGCGGAUGCCGUAUCAGAUAUCUCUCCCCUGCACCCGCCAUGUCUAGUUCUCCCAUCCUCUCGAUUGUCCUUCUGUCAUCUAUCGCAACAGCCAUCCUGUUCCUUGUAGCCGCUGUCCGAAGCAUAAAACGAGACCGCACAGAUCCCGUGCAGCUCCUCUCGGGUCCCGCGAGCCCGGGAUUUCUCAGGGGAAAUUCCAAGCAGUUAUCGGUGAGAAACUCUCCAUUCACUGCCCUGUGCCAUAUCGGUCCUGAAUUGACCGAUGACGAGGAUGAUCCUCUGUUGACGCAGAAAUGGGCUGAGAUGUACGGCAAAGUCUACGUGCUUCGAGGGCUCCUGGGACGAUCUGAGGUAUACCUGGGCGACGCCAUGGGUGUCAAAUACGUCACAGAGAACCUCCCCAAACCGCCGUAUAUUGUGCAGAUGACGGGAAGUCUCGUGGGAAGGGGGGUGGCUGCGGUCGAGGGAGAGGAUCACCGGAGACAGCGCAAGAUCAUCGGCCAGGCCUUCGCUCCCGCCCAGAUCCGCUUGAUGAACGAUGUAUUCAUCCAGGUCGCAUAGCUGGGAGAGGACGGCUCGCCGGUAGAGGUGAUGCGCGGACUGCGGCACACUACCUUGGAUAUCAUUGGAAAAUCCGGAUUCGAUUACGACAUGGCGGCCGGAGACUCCGAGUCAGAGCUCAGCGCCGUCUUCGCUGAAAUCUUUCACGGCCCACAAGCUGAGCGCAGGAUGUUUUAUCGAUUAAUCCGGGCUAUGGUGCCAACGUUGAACUGGUUGCCAAUCACGCCCGGCUCGCUGGCGAUCGCAAGAGCCCGAAAGAAAAUGGAGGACAUUUGCGCCUCGAUUCUCGCGAAAAGUCGAGCCGAGAGCGGGCUGAAGGGCGCUGAUAAACGCGAUCUGCUCUCUAUCAUGCUGAAGGCGAAUGCAUCGGCGGAGACCAAGAAGCGGUUGGACGAUUCAGAGCUUACCGGGCAGAUCCCCACGUUCCUCGUUGCAGGGCACCACACGACCAGCACAGCGUUGGGAUGGGCUCUCUACGUGUUGUCGAUGCACCCUGAGAUCCAAAAGAAACUGCGGGCUGAGCUGCUGGGCAUCCCCAGCGACCGUCCGACCAUAGAUCAGCUGAACGGUCUGCCGUAUCUCGAGUUGUUCAUCCGCGAGGUUCUGCGUCUGCACUCCCCUGUUGCAGCCGUGUCUCGAAUGAGCGCAGCCGAUUGCGCUAUCCCGCUCGCAGAGCCGUAAGCUGAUCGCUUUGGAGUGUGCCAUGACAGUCUGUUGUGUGUUCCACCAAGUUCUCCGCUGCGGCGCUGCUGGAUGGGCUGAUUAUCCUUGUGCAGAGUGCAAAAGAAUCAAGUCAUUCACAUCCCCAUCCAGGCUCUGCACAUGGACAAAGACAUUUGGGGUGACGAUGCUCAUGACUUCAGGCAAGUACCAGGCCUGAGAGGUGGACAGCCCUCCCCCCGCGCGCGCGCAACAUGAUCCAUGGCGUGUGGGGUACCUCGCUCGCAUUCCUCGCCGGCCCGCGCGCCUGUCCCGCCUUCGCCUUGGCGGUCCUCGAGUGAGUGCGCACUAGCUAGCGACGCCGAGUCGCCCCGCCGAGCUGACGCCUGCACAGAUAGAAGGCGCUGCUCUUUGUGCUGGUCCGGGGGUUCGAGAUCCGGCCGGCGGUGCGUGCGGGUGGGAUUGGCCGCGUGAGCACGGGCGGGCUUGCGGGGACGCUGUGUCAGCCCGGGGUACUCGCGGAUCGGCGAGCCGGCGCGCAGCUGCCUCUGAUCCUCAGGGAAAUUCAGUAGCGCUGAAGGGAUGUCAUAGUCGUAUGCGUGGUACCGGAGGAGUUUUCGAUGAGAGACC